AUGCCGUUCCUCAAGCGUCGAGAGCGUGAAGCUCAGAAUGCCGCCGAACUGGAGAAGAGGCCUUCAGCCGACACAGAGCAAAGAGUUACCUUCAUGGCCGUCUACCUUGGCCUCGUUGCUUCGAUUGGAGGCUUCAUGUUCGGCUACGUUUCCGGACAGAUCUCUGGCUUCUUCGCAAUGGAAGACUUCGCCUCUCGAUUCGGUGAACGACAAGCCGAUGGCAGCUUUCUAUUCUCUGCCGCCCGUCAAGGCGCUAUCGUCGGCUUGCUCUGCAUCGGCGCACUGUUCGGCUCGCUCAUCGCGGGCAAGAUGGCAGAUUCGCUGGGUCGUCGACUAGCCAUCUCGGUCUCCGCACUGUUUUGCUGCAUUGGCACAAUCAUCGAGAUUUCUUCAUCGCAUGCUUGGUAUCAGUUCGCGAUCGGUCGACUGGUCAAUGGACUGGGUAUAGGUGCUCUUUCAGUGACGGUGCCAAUGUACCAAUCUGAAUCGUCCCCGGCCAUCAUUCGUGGUGUACUGGUAGCUUCAUACCAGCUCUUCAUCACUCUGGGCAUCUGGACGGCCGAAAUGGUGAAUUACGGGACUCAUGAGAUGAGUUCCAGUGCAUCCUGGAGGAUACCGAACGGCCUCUCCUUCCUUUGGGCACUCAUUCUUGGCGCAGGAAUCCUGCUUCUACCAGAAUCUCCACGUUUCGCAUACAGAAUGGGUCGUGAAGAGGAGGCUCGCAAUACGAUUGCCAAGCUCGCCGGACUGUCUCCUGAGGCGCCUGUGGUCAGCAACCAGAUCUCUGAAAUCCGUGUCAAGCUGAACGAAGAAAAGGCCGGUGCCCAAACAGCUUGGCACGAGAUCUUCACGGGCCCGCGCAUAUUCUACCGCACGAUCCUAGGCAUUACUCUUCAGGCCGGCCAACAGCUCACUGGCGCUAACUUCUUCUUCUACUACGGCACAACUGUCUUCUCCGCCACUGGUCUCAAGGACUCAUACGUCACACAAAUCAUCUUAGGAUCAGUCAAUGUUGGCUGCACGUUCGGUGGUCUCUACGUCGUCCAGAAGUGUGGUCGACGAAGCGCACUGAUGGCUGGAGCCGCCUGGAUGUUCAUGUGCUUUAUGGUCUUCGCUUUUGUCGGACACUUCGUUUUGGACCAGACAAACCCAAUGAACACACCUACGGCCGGCAACAUCCUUAUCGUCUUCUCUUGUCUCUUUAUCGUCGCCUUCGCCACGACAUGGGGACCGCUCGUCUGGGCUGUGGUCGCGGAGUUGUAUCCCGCUAGAUACAGAGCGCCUUGCAUGGCUCUUGCUACAUCCUCCAAUUGGCUCUGGAACUUCUUGAUGUCGUUCUUCACCCGCUUCAUCACAGGCGCUAUCGACUACCUCUACGGCCUUGUCUUCGCCGGAUGCUGCGCCGCUCUGAUUGCUAUUGUCUUCUUCUGCGUGAUUGAAUCGAAGGACAGGUCUCUUGAAGAGAUCGAUACCAUGUAUGUGCUCGGUGUCAAUCCCAUCACAUCUGCGAAAUGGGAUGGUAGCAAGCUUCCCAUGAGCGCAGACACAAGCGGAAGAAACUCCAACGAGGUCGAAGCUGCACGAGCUGUGUCUGUGGAGCGCGUGCCAACCAAGACCGUUCCAGAGUAG